AUGUUUUCGGAACUUUCAGUACGACACCGUUGGAGGCUGUCCAACAGUGAGGGCGACGAGUCGUCCGCCCCAGGCUUACACAAACGUUUCACCAAACGCUUCUCGCAUUUCUGGAGACGUAAACGAGACAGGUUCGAGGCCAAAGUGGCUGCGAAAACAAAGCAAGCAGGGGAUGCACCGUCAAACAAUGGAAAUGGUGAUCACAAGUCAAUUGGCCAGCGAGUGCCCUACAAAGCCUUGAGCCUACUUUUCAAGUCAGGCUACCCUGUACCUGACAUCCUGGCCGGCGCGAGGCUGCAGUGUCAGCAAAAUGUUCUCCAUACGCACAGUGGCCAUCUGGGGGAUUUUGGCCCAGCCUCACGCAUCGGCCCGUUCUCGACGUUGGGUCUUGCCCCUCAGAAGCUAAACUUCUGUACAGGGGAUCAUUACAGGGCUGCUACUGGGGGGCCCUCUAGUCACAAAAGGCCACCAGGGAGCCCUGGGAAGUACGGCAGCAACAGCAAGAAGCCACGCAAGGAGAACAAACAACCCGCCGACAGAGCCCAGAAUGGCGCAAAUGGUGAUGGCGCCGAGGGCAGCGGCGACGAGUCCCCGAGCGACACAGAUAGUGAUGACGGCGAGGACGAUGAAGGUGAUUCCAGCCGCGAUGGGCCACGUUAUCCGCUACCCACAAGUUCUCCCGACCGCAAAAGGAUCCUUGCAUGCCCAUUCCACAAGUAUCAUCCAGCUCGGUACUGUAAAUGCAAAGGUCUCCGCAUAACGUCCAUCAGCUAUGUUAUUCAGCACAUCAGCAGAGGCCACGUAUUGAAAGAAGUGAGGAUGGAUGUACAGGAGACCACUCAUUCAACGGAUGACAGUCCCACUCGCCCGGAAAAGACGAAAAGCCCCGAUAAGAUCGUUUACUACUGUCCGACAUGCCGGUAUGAGUUCCACGGCCGUGGGGCUGAUAUGAGAUGGGAACGCCACACGGAUAAAGGAUGCAAGACAAAAAGCAUUGCGGACACGGGCGUUUUGCUACCGGCAGAGUUCGAAAAACUCAAAAAAGAGGUCACUGCAGCGUCUGGCAACGAUAAAUGGGACAGGAUAUGGAAAACAUUAUACCCAGGAAUAACGACACCAUCCCCGUACAACGAGGCAGAACCUGUUGCUCCGUUGACUGAUGCACAGCCACAAAACAAUAUCCAACAUGACCCGCUUCUCGGAGCUGUCAAUGAGCCUUACCACCAUCCUCCACAAGAUUUCGGUCAGCGAGGAGUGGAUUUUCCGCAAAACCCUCACAAUUAUCUGACCGAUGACCCAUUUGCCGACAUGUUUAAUGUCUCCUGUGGUACGGCGGAUGAGUUUGGGGAUGCGAACCAUGCUACAAGCCACAUCCCGAACCCCGCACCGCCUAAUUUGCAGAUGAUCAGGCCAGUGCCAGACUUGACCCAGUGGUCCAUGCCGCCAACACAAAAUCCGCCUUUUCCCAAUAAUAACUGGAACAACUUCACUACAAGCAUCAUCUGUCGCGUCUGUGGCAACGCUGGUCAUGUAGCUCGCGAUUGUCCUGGCCAACACCAGAACAACUUCCGUGGCCCUCAAUGA